AGUCAUUAACACACUGCACUAUGAGCAAUAAGUCGAUUGUCGUAAUAAUACUCUUAGUGUCAAUACUGAUCAACUUUUCUGACAGUGUUGUGAAACGUUGUUUCAGUUGCCGUUCCCGUGGAGAUUUAGGAAGCUGUAAGGAUCGAUUUAAGUACACCAACCUCACACAGGUCAGCUUAGAAUCCGGUAUAGGAGUGGAAGCUGUGCCGUGUGCCUCGGGAUGGUGUGGGAAAAUAAUUGAGACACGAAAUUCUGAUGCCAAAGAACAAGAAUUCGAUACGGCAACACAAAGGACGUGUUUGCAGAGAGGACCUUCAGAUGGAGAAGAACGUUGCGAUGACACCAUGUGGGAGUAUAAAAAAGUUUUCAUGUGUUUUUGUCACGGAGACCUCUGUAACAAUGCACCACCAGCUUCGAAAAGUUAUAACUUCUAUCUUCUUACAUUAAUUCUUGGUAUCCCUAUUAUACUUACUCAGUUGCUCAUUUCAUAGGUAUUUUAACAAUAAAUAAUUGAUUUUCAAAACUAACUUGUAAAAUAUAAAAAUAAAAUAUUGUGUGUAAAUAUUGACUAUUGUACCUAUGUCAUUUUUUUUAACAAAAUAAAAAACAUAUCUUUAAACUGUAGGUAUACCUGUAUACCUGUACUAUUUUAAAUUUUUGAAUGUCUAAACAAUUUUUUUUUUUAUAUAUAAAAUGUACAAUCUAUGCUCAAGCCUCAAGGGCCAAAGACAUAAUAUAAAUAUGUAAUACAAGCAAUUAAUACAUGAAAAAGGAUAAGGGAAGAAACCAUCCAGUAAUCGCACUUCCUUAAUACUUAAACAAUAAAAUAUAUUUUUAAUUUAAA